CGUUGUUUCUAUAACGCCCCAUGGACACCAAUAGAAGUGGUGUACGCCAUUUUUGUUUAAACAAAACGCAUCGACGCAACACUUUCAACAAUGCAAUAACUGGAGAAAAAAAACAACACGUUAUUUUAUCGUCUUUAUUGGACGUUAACGUUCAAAGUUAAAAUGCCAUUUUUACCGCGACGCUUCUCUCCUAUUUACGAAGAUUCUCAAAUAUCUGGUCACAGAUGGAAAGGAGAAGGAAAUAUCGACUUCGAAGUCAUCUCCAGCGAAAUCAACAAUUCCUCCAUCGGAAAAAAUCCCACAGAAAGCGAUUCAUAUUAUGACUUCAGUGGGCAUACAUCCGGUUUCCGGUAUGAGGUCAUUUCCCGUCGCGCGGAUAUGCACACUUCCGGGCGCAGACCGGAAACGGUUGAGGUUUUGAAACAGAAGUACAUGAACAAUGAAAUCCAUGACCUCCCAAGAGUGAAUCACGGCAGUAUGUCAAGGUCCUCUUCCAUACUGGACUCAAGAAAGCAACUUUCCAAAGUGAAGUCAUCCCUAAAUACUGGACGGCGGCGGUACUUUCAGUUCAAGAAAACUGACAACAACCCAGUGUUCUCCGGAAAGUCUGUUGAGGAGCUUCUAUACGGCGAAUUUGCAGACGAAAUCGAUCCGGAACUCGCGACGCUCUUCGAGAUGUAUGUGAACGAGUGUGACGCAAGCAGCCGACGUCGCGCGCGGGAUUUAAGAGGUCGCUUGAGUGACUUCGUCGUAUGCGUCCCUACCGCGGACCCGGGUGAAGACAGCUCAUCAACAGUUUCGUCUCUAAACAGCGAGUCAGGCGUUGAGGAAACUAAUUUUUGUCCCGAAAAUCCAUCAGAAAUAUUACUGAAAUUGAAAUUUGAUACCGGAAACUCCGAUCCAGCUUUAUCCAGCGUGAGACAGGAAGCAGCGGUGGAGGGGCCACGGACUACUCGCAGGGAUGUAUCGGCGGCAGCCGUGAUGGGCGCGAUGAACAUCCGGUCGCUCAUAUCGCGCACACAGAACGUAACACACAGACACCUUACAGACUGGGAGCUACAGCUAAGCAAAGAGAAGGACGAGGACAUUGAUCCCUGUGAUAUUCAUAACCAAGACGAAAAUGGGAAUAUUAAUUAUACCCAUAAGACGCGAUCGACUGCUUUGCCGACGAUACACACGAGCAAAUGGAGAUUGCCUGAUCCUCGCGACACCAUGUGUACUAUGAGAAUGAAGGCGAACACACACCUUGCGGUUAAAGAGCAUCAUGCUCAAUUGUCUCGUGUUAAAGACGUCUAUUCGUUGCAUGUUGGGAAAGCACACGAACCGGAAACGCUUGUGGGCCGAAUGAAAGAAGCAGAAAAAACGACCAAUGCAGAAGAUUCUGUUCUGUGCACUGGGAUUCAAGACGGUCAGACGGAACCAUUUGACAAAGGGGACACUGCAGAAACAGACGGCAAUACUCUAGAAGCGGAAGUUCCUUUCACUAGGCAUCGAGUGGCCAACGUACGACCGAAGCCGAAAGCGGAAGUUCGACCGCGCCUGCGAGAAAACAACGUCAUUAAAGACCUUAACCAGUUGGAGUCACGGUUAUCGGAUGAGGAGGAGUUUAACAACUUCCGGCUUGCAAAGCGAAAACUCAAGCACAAGCUUAUGACGACUCUGGUAUUUGAAGAGAGUAUUCUUCCACAAUCUACCGAGCGACAGGAAGAGGAUGAGCAUCACUUCACAGGCAGAUUCUGGAGGGAGUGCUGCAGAGGCGCGACUAAUAAACCCCGGCGGCAUAAGCAACAUAGAUGUACUCGCGUUAAAUCUGACGCCAUUACUCAGGAUGAUCUCGACGGAUGGUCGACGAAAAACAAGCACUUAGAAUACCCGGAUUUCGUCUCGUCGUCGGAGGUUCUCCACCCAGUGCCGAAUACCUCCCUAGAGGAAUGCUACCAGAUGCUUUGGUCCCCUACUGCUAGUAAUCAUGCACUUUGGUCCCCGGCCGUUAGCAAAGCAGAGAACCUGCGGAGCACAUUGGACUUACAAGAUGAAACAAGAGAGGACGUUUCGAAGCACGUCAAUCUCCGAGCAGGAACCAUGCCCCCAGCAGAUUUAGUAAAACUAAGACUCACAAAGUCCAACGCCAGUUUUAGAGCAAAAAGAGCGCCCAAACACGACAGCCUCUUCGACCGGCCCUUCAGUAAUAAUCCUCUUUCCCAUUGCGCUUCCUAUAACAUAGAGCAGACGCUUCGAUCGAACGUCAUGGUAACAGCAAAUAUAAAUUUGUCUGAGAAACUAUCGCAGCAGCUUAAGAAUCUGUCUCAGGACACGACACCAAAUCGCAAGCAAACUGCUCGUCUUCCAGCGGGUUGUCCUCAACAACGCCAAAAUCCCCCGCAACCCAAUGAUGACAAUAAUUCAGAAUCGCCCCUUCCCGGAAAGUUUCCCGACAUAGACCGAAGCAGGGAUCGUGUUGCUUCGGUGACGUCCGUGAAAUCUAAGCAAGGCGAUACUUGCUUGCCCAGUAUAAGUUCUCUAAGUGCUAGCAAAAGUGCUGUUCGACUUGUUGAUCAACCAUCGAUCGACAAAGACAGAACUAGUCUCCCACCGAUUCGAAUAACGACCCUCACUGGAAAAGUUGAAAACAGUCAAUCGCCAAAUGUUCGACAGAAGGAAACCGGAUAUCUUGAAAUGGGUGGAAAUGCCGUGCGGUCCGAGGUGUGCACCUCACCGUUUAUGUUUGAUAAAGGUGAUCCCAAUAAGCUGAAAGUCUUAGCAAAGGCGAUUCCGGCCAAGCACACAGUGUGUACAUCAUGCGGUUGCGUUAGCGAAGCAGAACCUCCAAAAGGGCGUUUGAGAAAGAGCUCAAAGUCGAUGAACGUGGACAAAAAUACAUACAAUCCAAUAAACAAGAAAUGUUGCGUUGCUAGUAAGCAAGACCAGUCGCAAAGGAUACCGUUUCCCACCAGUAAUACAUCAAAUCGCGUUAAAUCGCCAGCAGAUCGAUCUUCAGCACGACUUGAAGCGAUCGCGAUGCCGCACGAGCGCACUAAACUUGAAUGCCCGAUUGCCAGUGAAACGCGCAUUUACAAAGCGGAUUUCAAACGCGUAAAGUUACAGGCUGUUUCCAGUACGCAGCAGACGCCGGCCCCUGUCACUCCUGUAAGCUCCCCUUACUUAGAGUACUGCAAGCGGAAAAUGCUCAUGGACUGCUCCCGAAAGAAACUCAUGACGGAUGUGACGCUCGAUGCCAUGUCCGACACGCGCUUACUACCUGAUCAUCAUCGCGUUUAUACACAGUCAAAAUCAUUUCCGGUGAUUCCCAUGAAAAGAAGUCAAACGAAUGUUUCUUGUAAAUGGAGGAGGAAGGGAAAGAAAAUGGAUGACAAAGAUGGUCAAGAACAACGAAAACCAGCAGUUGAUGGCUUCCGUCUUCCGAUAAUCACCGUGAAAGACGUGUGCGAACAUAGGACGUCAUCGUGUGGUCCAAUAACGUCUCCAACAUUUUAUCCAGACGGGAGACCUAACACACGCCUCGAUCCAGACGCGCGAACUUAUACCUGCGAUUUGAGCACGCAUCGGAUGAAAAAUCACAAUAAGCGUCGCAGUGACAAGCACCGCCUUCUGAUGACGUCAGAGGAAGACCUGGAUGGUCUCCAUGGUUUCACUUGUCCGUCGGUACACGGUCAAUGUUAGCAAACGAAGAACAUUUUAGAGAACAUUACCUUGUUUUGUAAUCCAUAAAUUUUUAAAUUGUGCUAUUUUAAACGUAAUAUUUUGAAUACCAUCUUCCAUGU